CGUGCCGUGAGCUCGCCGGGCACCGCGGCCUCGGCCUCGCCCUCCGCCCCUGCGCCUGCACCGCGUAGGCCGCCCCCCCCGCGCGCGCCCCCGCCGCCGACCCCCGCCCGCGCCGCCGGCCCCUCGGGUAGAAUUUAAAGGGGGCGCAGCAUUCCCGCCCCGCCCAGGUGACCUCUCGGGGUCUCCCUGCCAGAGGUGCCCCGCCGCCGAGGAACAUGGCGAAGGUGGAGCAGGUCCUGAGUCUCGAGCCGCAGCACGAGCUCAAGUUCCGAGGUCCCUUCACUGAUGUUGUCACCACCAACUUAAAGCUUGGCAACCCGACAGACCGAAACGUGUGCUUCAAGGUGAAGACCACUGCACCUCGUAGGUACUGCGUGCGGCCCAACAGCGGGAUCAUUGAUGCCGGGGCCUCAGUCAAUGUAUCGGUGAUGUUACAGCCUUUCGAUUAUGAUCCCAAUGAGAAAAGUAAACACAAGUUUAUGGUUCAGUCUAUGUUUGCUCCAACUGACACUUCUGAUAUGGAAGCAGUAUGGAAGGAGGCAAAACCAGAAGACCUUAUGGAUUCAAAACUUAGAUGUGUGUUUGAAUUGCCAGCAGAAAAUGAUAAACCACAUGAUGUAGAAAUAAAUAAAAUUAUAUCCACAACUGCGUCCAAGACAGAAGCACCGUCCGUGUCUAAAUCUCUGACUACUUCUUUGGACGACUCUGAAGUUAAGAAAGUGCUGGAAGAGUGUAAGAGGCUGCAAGGGGAAGUCCAGAGGCUGCGGGAGGAGAACAAGCAGUUCAAGGAGGAAGACGGACUGCGGAUGAGGAAGCCAGUGCCGAGCAACAGCCCCAUCGCAGCCCUGGCGGCCGCCGGGAAGGAGGAGGGCCUCAGCACCCGGCUGCUGGCCCUGGUGGUCCUCUUCUUCAUUGUCGGCGUCAUCAUAGGGAAGAUCGCCUUGUAGGGCAGCAUGUGAAGGAUGGUAGUUGGAUUGAUGGAUCCACCAUAUCAUGGGAUUUAAAUUUAUCAUAACUACGUGUAAAAAGAAAUUAAUGUAUGAUGACAUCUCACAGGUCUUGCCUUUAAAUUACCCCUCCCCGCGCGCACACACACAAAUGCACACAGAUAUAACAUAAUAUAACAAUCUUUUAGAAAGUUAAAACAUAUAGCAGAUGAUUGGGGGAGAACAGUCUCUGUUGGUGAGGGAAGCCAUGGUUGGCGCCUCCGUGGCGUAGUGUGACUGUCCUUUUGAAUCCUGGUCAGCCUUGGCACUCUUCCUCACCUGUUGGUGCUGGAGCCCAACACGGUGGGGAGCACAGUCCCCUGCAGGGCAGCCUCCACACUGCCCACUCCUGCCCCAGGCUGUUUAUCCACAUCCUCAGUUCUGCCAGGCAGCUGGUUCCUUGGGACUGUCGAACACAGCAAAAGCUGGAAGGCAUGGUGCUGUGGCAGCCUGAGGUGUGCCCAUCACGGGCGAGAGGCACCUGUGGCUGCCCAUCACCUGAGAGGUCAGGGCUUUGUUCUCUUAGUGGGACCAAGCUAAGUUACUGUUGGUUCACGCAGUGAGACUGAACUGUCAUUCAGAGAUGUUUAAUGCAUAUUUAACUUAUUUAAUGUAUUUCAUCUCAUGUGUUAUUGUCACGAGAGAGCAGUUAAUGCUAUGGCCUACAAAUCACCUGUGCUACAUAAUGCCAGUGGGUGGGGCUGGCACUGCUGCUGGGGCCGCGGCUCCUCUGUCUCUGGAGGUUCUGGGUGUGGGGAGGGGUUAUGGGAAUGUAGGAGAACAGCUGCCAGGAGGUGUGGUCCGCGUCGGUCAGUCACAGCUGUCAUAGGGAGGGAGAUUCGUAGGGCAGUCAGCUCCGGGUUGCCUGUACCAGUGGAAAUGAACGCCAGUCUUCUCGCUUGUUCUUCCACUCCCCUCCGUCACCACUUGGACUUCUAGCACACAGCCCCAGACCUGGGCCGGACCUCCUGUGGGCCCAGCCUGGCGUCAGGACGAACGUGUGGACUGCCCCUGCAGAGCGCGAGGGCAUGGGGAGGCGGGUGAGGCGGGCUCCUCCGCCAGGCUGAGUGGAAAUGCAGGUUUGACUGUGAAUUGAUUUUGUGCCGUAAAAGACCAAUCCAAUUCUGUUUGACUAUGUAGCAUCUUAAAAAGAAAAAAUCUAAAAUAAAGCCCCAAAUUAAGAGUU